AUGAGUCACAAGACACAUUGGUCAACUGUUACACUGACCACCUGGUCCACUGACCAAGGUCAGAGGUCGAAGGUCAGAGGUCAGAGGUCACAUGUCCAAGAUCAGGGUCACUUGUCCAAGGUUAAGGUCACUUGUCCAAGAUCGUCACAUGUCCAAGGUCAAGGUCACUUGUCCAAGGUCGUCACAUAUACAAGGUCAAUGUCAUCGAUAACUGGAAAUCGGGUUUUAUGUACUCAUGCCAAUGGUACUUGUUGGAGACCAGACGUCCCGACAGCAUCGGUAGGUCUAUGGACUCGUAUGACUAGACACGGACACGAAUGGGAACAGGAUCUGUACCGUCGGUACGGCAAAUGUUUCGGUGUCUAUGAGCUGAACCGUCCGGUACUCUAUCUGUCGGAUCCCGUAUUGAUUCGCGACGUUUUGGUCAAAGAUUUUCAUAGUUUUGUAAACAGAGAGUCAUUUUAUACCGGUUACGAUCCAUUGGUCGACAAUAUAGUGGGCAAUCUUCGGGGAGACCAAUGGAAAAGAGUCCGAUCACUAAUGUCGACGACAUUUACAACCGGAAAACUCAAGCGAAUGAUGCCAUUGAUUGGCGAAUGUCUGCAAACAAUGGACAAAAAGCUACGGACAGUGUCCGCCGCCGGCGCCGCCGCCAAUACUACCGACGGGUCGUCAUCACUAUCACCGGUUGAGACGGAUAUGAAACAAUUGUACGGCGCCUACAGUAUGGAAGUCAUCAUUCAGGUUGCUUUCGGUACUAAAGUGGACGCCGUGUUCGAUGAGGACAACCCUAUCAUCCGUAAUAUACAGAAAUUUGUAUCGCAAGAUCUCAAUCUACGACUGUUGACCAUAUUUUUGGCGCCAUCGGUGGCCAAGUGGUUGAAAUUGACAAUUUUCGAUCCAAAAGCGACCAAAAUUUUCUCUGACUUUACCGUUAAGAUCAUUGAAGACCGUCGUCGACAACAACAACAACAACAACAGGAGCUAAAAACUGGUUAUAAUAUUACCGAAAAACGGGUCGACUUUUUGCAGUUUAUGUUGGACUCGAUAUCGGUUACGACAACCGAUGAUAAUAUAGAUAUUACUGAUGGCUUAGCUGACAAUCAUGAAAAUUAUGGACAGUUAUCCAUUGCUGAACUAGUAUCGCAAUGUUUAGUAUUUUUGAGUGGCGGCUACGAGACAACUACCAAUGCAUUAUCCAUAGCCUCAUAUUUGUUGGCCAAGAAUCCCGAAGUUCAGGAAAAAUUGUUCAAAGAAGUCGACAAUUAUUACAAACAUAACAAUGUCGACUACGAUAUACUAAAUUCCCUGAAAUACUUGGACGCAGUUAUUAUGGAAUCGAUGAGAAUAUAUCCGUCCGCAUCGUUCCUGGAAAGACAGGCUAGCGAUGAUUAUACAUUGGGCGGCGGCGGUAGCACUGGCACUGGUGGUAUCCAAAUCAAAAAAGGUCAACAAAUUAAAAUACCUAUCUAUGCUAUGCAACACGAUGAGGCCAACUUUCCCAAUGCCGACCAGUUUCUGCCCGAACGAUUUCUGGCCGAUAAUGUCCAUAAGCACGACCCGUACGUCUUUAUGCCGUUUGGUGCCAGACCUCGCAAUUGUGUGGGUUUACGAUUGGGCCAAAUGUUUGUGAAACUGGCACUGGUCUAUACCGUCUAUCAGUACCGGUUCAUCGACACAGGGAAACCCAUUGAAUUUUACAACAGUUUGGGUAGUAUGACACCCAAGAAUGUUAUGGUUAGAGUUGAAAAACGGCCAUAAAAUUUAAUAGACAUCAAGUGGUCACUGAUUAUCAAAAAAAAAUAAAAAAAAAUAUAAAUAUAUUUAAUUAUUAUUUUUCUA